GCAGUUCCCCAGGCCCGAGCGCUCGGAGACACGGCGACGCGGCGCGGGGACGGAGCGGAGCGCUCAGGCUCCACAGACUCCCUCCCCUCCCCUCCCUCCGCUGUCUUCACCCUCUCAGCCGGACCGGAACUAUGUGAUCCCGGAAGUUCCGGGGCCAUUGCUGUGUGGGAUAAACAGUAAUGGCGGAGGCUGCGGCUCCCGGAACAACAGCCACAACAUCAGGAGCAGGAGCGGCAGCGGCGGCGGUGGCAGCGGCUUCCCUCACCCCUAUCCCCACAGUCGCUGCCCUGUCCCCGGGGGCUGGCGGAGGGGGCGGCGGCAGCGACGGCAGCGGCGGCGGCUGGACGAAACAGGUCACCUGCAGAUAUUUUAUGCAUGGGGUUUGUAAGGAAGGAGAUAACUGUCGAUACUCGCAUGACCUUUCCGACAGCCCAUACGGUGCAGUGUGCAAGUAUUUUCAAAGAGGGUGCUGUGUGUACGGAGACCGCUGCAGAUACGAACACAGCAAGCCACUGAAACAAGAGGAAGUGACUGCAACACACCUGAGUGCAAAACCAUCCCUUGCUGCUUCCUCAAGUCUCUCUUCGGGAGUUGGAUCACUUGCUGAAAUGAAUUCAGGCGAAGCUGAGUCAAGAAACCCAAACUUUGCAGCUGUAGGAGCAGGUUCAGAGGACUGGGUGAAUGCCAUUGAGUUUGUACCCGGGCAGCCUUACUGUGGCCGUACUGCCCCUUCCUGCACUGAAGUACCCCUGCAGGGCUCAGUGACCAAGGAAGAGUCAGAGAAGGAGCCAGCUGCGGUGGAGACAAAGAAGCAGCUUUGCCCCUAUGCUGCAGUGGGAGAAUGUCGCUAUGGGGAAAACUGUGUGUAUCUCCACGGAGACUCCUGUGACAUGUGUGGCCUACAGGUCCUGCACCCCACGGAUGCUGCCCAGAGGUCACAGCACAUAAAAUCUUGCAUUGAGGCCCAUGAGAAGGACAUGGAGCUCUCUUUCGCUGUGCAGCGCAGCAAGGACAUGGUAUGUGGGAUCUGCAUGGGUGUCUAUGAGAAAGCCAACCCCAGCGAGCGCCGCUUUGGAUCCUGUCCAACUGCAAACCACACCUACUGUCUCAAGUGUAUCCGCAAAUGGAGAAGUGCUAAGCAAUUUGAGAGCAAGAUCAUAAAGUCCUGCCCCGAAUGCCGGAUCACAUCUAACUUUGUCAUUCCAAGUGAGUACUGGGUGGAGGAGAAAGAAGAGAAGCAGAAACUCAUUCAGAAAUACAAGGAGGCCAUGAGCAACAAGGCGUGCAGGUAUUUUGAUGAAGGACGUGGGAGCUGCCCAUUUGGAGGGAACUGUUUUUACAAGCAUGCGUACCCUGAUGGCCGUAGAGAGGAGCCACAGAGACAGAAAGUGGGAACAUCAAGCAGAUACCGGGCCCAACGGAGGAGCCACUUCUGGGAGCUGAUUGAGGAGAGAGAGAACAACCCCUUUGACAACGACGAGGAGGAGGUGGUCACCUUUGAGCUGGGCGAGAUGCUGCUCAUGCUCUUGGCUGCAGGCGGGGACGACGAGCUGACAGACUCUGAGGACGAGUGGGACUUGUUUCACGAUGAGCUGGAGGACUUUUAUGACUUGGAUCUAUAGCAGCUUUGCGUGGCGUGGGAACUGGUCUGCAGAGCCUCAGACAGUAGCUGUCCCCUGUGCUGUGUGGCCGUGCGUGUGGCUCUCCUAGGCAGGCCUCUGGAACUCCAGGUGCUGUCCUCAUCACUCCCCAGGGCCUGCUCCUCCCCCUCACCUUCCCCCAAGAGUGUGUUGUUUUCUGUUUCAAAAAGUUACAAAAAUAAAUCUUCAAGUUA